AUGCCUCGGAAGCUUGAAGGCGAUCAGUUCGAAGAGCCCGAACAUCACCUGUACCCCAAGAUCCGACUGCUUCGCGUCCUGAACUGGAAGCAUGUGAAUAAGAUCGGGCCUGGCUUGUUGAAUGUGGGCAACACUUGCUUCUGCAACGCGGUGCUGCAGUGUCUGACAUACACUCCUCCCCUUGCAAACCUCUGCAAAGCACAAGAGCACUCUAAGAGGAUCACCAGAGACGGUCAGGGGAAGUUCGACGCGCUGAAAGAGGUUGAGAGACACAUCAUCACCUCCUCUCGCUGCACGCAGGGAGUGCUGAAGCCAAGCAACAUCGUCAACUCCUUUCGCAAGAUUGGAGCUCGUUUGCGGUUGGGGCGGCAGGAAGAUGCUCAUGAGUUCACGAGGCUCUUGAUGGAAGCCAUGCACCUCGCCGACCUCGCAGCCUGCCGAUUCACCGAGUCUCCGUAUUCUCGUGCGGCACAGACAGGGCUGGUGCAUGGAAUCUUCGGGGGCCAUCUGAGGAGUCAAGUCCGCUGCGAGACCUGUCGGUACAAUUCCAACACUUAUGAUGCCUUUCUUGAUCUUUCUCUUGAAAUCAAGAAGGCAGACAAUAUCACAGAUGCUCUCCGACUUUUCACAAAACCAGAAAUUCUAGACGGAAACAACAAGUACAAGUGCUCUCACUGUGGCUGCAAGACACGAGCAACAAAGAGGUUUUCAGUUCACAGAGCUCCACUCGUCCUUCAACUUCAUCUCAAGAGGUUUGAAACAUCUUGGAGCGGCAACAGCUGUAAGUUGAGCAAGCACGUCAUGUUCGAGCAGACGCUGCAGCUCGAUCCUUACAUGAGUGAAGGAGAGAAGGCUGGCAGUCGUUACAACCUUUACGGCGUGGUCGUGCAUAGCGGACACUCGAUGAAGAGUGGCCACUACUAUGCCUUUGUGAAGAACUCCAACGGAGUAUGGUACGAGAUGGACGACGAUAGCGUCCGUCAGGUCUCCUACAGCGCAGUCGCGCGGCAGCAGGCGUACAUGCUCUUCUACGUGCAGCAA